AUGACUAUUCACAAAAAAGGCACGAGAAUGAAGAAUGCGGGAACCGCGCAAAGCGAAGUGGCGACGACGUCGACGUCCUCGGAUGUGACGUCAACGGAGACAGUCGAGGUUGUAUCUUCCACCAGCGUCGUGGAGGAAUCGAAUCAGGUGAAGGAGAGCGAAUCUAGAAGUAGCAUGGUAGAGGUCACAAGUGCCAGUCGCGAGGUCAUCAUGGAUUCCAAAGGUAACAUUAUCAAAGUUAUCGAGACACCUCCACAGACUAUCCAGCAGAGCUCGUCCAGCCGAAGAACCGGCAAAAGCUCUCAAGACUUUAUAGCAGGCGAGCAGGUGCAAUCGAUUAAGCAAGCGAAGACGACGCGCGAGAUUCCACGCGAACACGCAACGUCUCUUUCGGAAAGUCGGACAAUUCAAGGAGAAAUAACCGAACAGGCCAGUCAAUCCGUGCAAACGCAAAGUCAAAGCGCAUCCCAUUCAAUGGUUCAGCAGUCGAGCUCCUCGAGUGUCUCAAUUGAGAGUACAUCGACGAGCGAGGAUCAUAGCGGACAUCGCUCCACUGUUGUAGUUUCUCAUGAUAUUAAAAAUGGAGCUCGCGUUCCCAUACCUCAGACAUCGUCAAGGUCGACCGAGAAUACUCACGUGAGCAGCGAGACGAGCGAAGCCGUAACGAAAGACGGCCAGACAAUGUCGAGCACCACGAGAAUACGCGAAAUGGGAGAAAGAUUUAAUGACAACGGUAAAAUGAUAUCCACGUCGAGUCGGGAAGUUGACCGCGAGCAUACAGUCACACCUUCCAAUGUGACCAUUAUUAAAAAUACCGAUGAUAUCAAGAGAAGUGGCGAUAAAGGUACGCGCAGCGAUUUGAAAUCGGAGAGAUCAAACGUCGAGAUAUCAACACGUUGUAACAAGCCCGGCCAAUCCACAUGGGAUGGUACGUUUGUCUAUGAAAAACCCGCCACUCCUAAGGGCAAAAAUGUCAUUGAUAAAACAGUAAGUCCGAAGAUUCAUAGCGGUACUAAAGAUAGUGAAACAAGCGUUAAAGUCACUCGAGAGACCAAGGAGGCAUCGUCCGUCGAUCAGAAUAUAUCUUCAAGUUCAAGCAUGACUCGAGACUCGAAAACGAUAGUCGAUGAAGGUCAACGAAUGAUGACUUCUCUUCGUGAUAUCAAAUCGGAGAAAACCGCCACAGAUACGACAGAUUUCGUUAGCGAAAAACAUUCGAAAGGAUCAACUCGUUACUCGAAACCUGGCGACUCGACAUGGGACGGAAACUUCGUCGUGGAAAAAAUGAUGACGCAACCAAGACGGCGUAACGAUUCCGACGUCAACGUUUUUCACGAUCGCGGCGACAAUGUCGUCGAAACGACGCAGAGAAAAGAUUUCAAAGAAAGGAGCACGGAUGGUAGAUAUCAGAAGGAGUCAUCCGAAACUAUGCGCGUCGUAAAAGGUGCUGCGGACAGCACCAGAUUCAUUUCUGAAGAACGACGAGAUGUAAGCAGAGAGACUUCAAUCCAUGUUGAUGGCACGCCAUUGAGUAAGGAUGAACAUCCCGCUCGCGUAUCGAGUUCAUCGCAACGAAGACCCGGCAGACCCGGCGAUUCCGCAUGGAACGGCGAAUUUACCUACGAAAAGUCGCAAGAUGAAGUAAAGAAGCAUCCUUCAGACGUCACCGUUGUCCGUAGAACGGAGAAACAUCAUGAUUCCGUGGAUGUUCAAGAUGUCAGCGAAGAACAGAAUGCUUCAAACGUUACCGAAUCGGUCUCCACGUCUUACAUCGUCGAGUACGCGAUUUCUAGCGACAAGAAGAAUGUCGAGAAGGUCACAUCGGUGUCCGAGGUGAUCUUGGAGGAAGAUGGUCCUGAGGAUAAAAUUACGCGCCGCCAUGGAAGUCCGGAGAGACAGACAAAAUUUGAUACAACUUCGCGCUGUUACAAGCCCGGUCAAUCUGCUUGGGACGGCACCUUCGUCUAUGAACGACCAGUAACACCUGAUAGUCGCCGAAGGCCGGAAGAUAGACGUACAGUAAAAACUAUAGAUAUUCGAGAUGUUACGGAAGACAAUUCGGUUAACGAAGCGGACGUCACGAGCACUUCUUACAUCAUCGAGCAUUCAUCGAGUCAGCAGAGUUUCUCGGACAUCAGGGAUGCCAAUGUCACGUCCACGACGUACGAGACAGUCAUUUACGAGGGACGUCCUAUUGAAACGACGAUCAGAUUUGAUGGAGAUGCAUCACGAAGCAAAAUUUCGACGACGGAACGUCGGACUAGUCCUUCUCCACGACCUAGAAGUCCGGAGAAAAUACCGAAAGACAGAGAUCUGCGAAGUACUAAACCCGGAUCGUCAACGUGGGACGGAACUUUCGUAUUGGAAAAAUCACAAGAUAAGAAGCGACCACCUAGCAGGGAAUCCAUUGACGGUAGGCUACCUCAUCCAGCGGACAGCAAAAAGACACCCCAUCUAGAUACGUCGAAGAAAUAUAUUAGCGAGACUACUAUCGAUCUCCAAGAUGUCACGCAAAAUGUAUCAAACACGUCAGAAAUUACGGGAAGUUCCGUUGUUAUGGAACAAUCCAAAAUGCACAAAAGUUACACGGAUUCCUCCAAUCUUGAUUUCUCGACAACUUCCUUCGAAACUGUUAUUAUUCACGACGGUCAGCCAGUAACGACGCAAAAAACAGUAACCAUUCAAGAAAGCCCUCAGAGCGCCGUGAAGAGGCUGCCUAGUAGUGACGUAAUAACUACUACUGACAUUAAAGAGACCACUGUUAAAAGCGAGAAGGAAUCUCGCGCGGACGAUAGAAGUUACCGACCUCAAAAACCAGGCUCGUCCACAUGGGACGGAUCGUUCGUGUAUGAGAAAGCAGAUGAGAGAAGGCCAAGCGAUAAAAAAUCACCGAAAGAUGUACAUGGAGUCGUGGUCGCUGAACAAAGUCCAAUUAAAGAACAACGGACCGACAACGUUACAAUUUUGGACACAUCAAAAGGUAUAACAAGUACCACCGAUUAUUCUACGAGCUCUGUCACGGUCGAACAAACAUUCGUCACGGAUUCAGAGACGUACGAUUCUUCAAAUAUAUCGAAAAUUUUCAUCAAAGAAAGCGCAGAAGAUAAAGUACGCGAAACCGAUAAAAAGCCGAGACAGCUGUUCGACGGAAAACCUGAGCCAUCGCCUCGACGACGUCCGGAAGACAUUAAAGAGCCUAAACAUGAAAAACCGGAAAAGAGUCCGAUGGAUCGACCGACGAAGCCAGGCGCCUCCACCUGGGAUGGAUCGUUUGUGUAUGAAAAACCAGAAGAGAAGAUACCAGGAGAUCGAAAAGUGCCGAAAGAUACUAAAACUGAAGACAAGCGAAGCCCAAUUAAAGAAAAACCGAGCGACGUCGCUAAUUACAGAACAUCUAUUACGAUACUAAACACAUCGAAGGAUGCGUCAAGUUCUGCCGAUUAUUCUACGAGCUCCGUCACGGUCGAGCAAACGCACGUCGCCGAUUCAAAGACGUAUGACUCAUCGAAUAUAUCAAAAAUUUAUAUCAAAGAGAGUUCGGAGGAUAAAGUACAUCCGGUCGAUUAUGAGAAAUCGAAACAGCCCUCCGACGAAAAGCCGCAAAAAAGUCCGGUAGACAGAACGCAUCGACCAUCGAAACCUGGUGCCUCCACUUGGGACGGUUCUUUCGUGUAUGAAAAACCGCAGGAUUCGCAGAAGAAACCAACACGUGAUGAACCAACUGAGGUACCGAAGAAACCGGUAGACGUGCGAAAACCGAUUGAGAAAGAAAGCAAACCAGCGGAUCAGAAAGAAAAAACGAUGCUUACUCCGAUUUCGCGAAAAUCAAUAGAGACACAAAAGGACGUCACUGAGAUCAAACGCGACGAUGUCGCGGAUAUCACACGUGCGGAUAUUACGCGUACAUCUGAAGUGCUCCAGCAAUCUUAUGUAAUCGAUCAGUCUUUGAGAUUUACAUCUGUGCAAGACGUGCGCGAUGUUAAGGACGAGCGUGUCAUCACUGAAUUUACGGCGGACACACGCAAGGAUGUGAGAGAUGUUACCGAGUCAACGAAGAAAUUUAUCGACAAAGAGCAGGUGACUAGUAUGGUAGCGCGGGAUGUCAUUGACGACACCCGAUUCGAUACCAUCACUGGCCCGGCACCCCGGUCUCCAGCGGAUUCCACGAGGAAACCAUCACCGGAACGACCCGGUUAUCCUCGUGGAAUACCUGGUCUCAGGGAAGAUGACCGACCAAAACCGACUCCAGUUGCUGGAAAGCCUAGCCGACCUCCGCAGCGCGAAAGAAGCCCUCAACGACCAGUGGAUGGCAGGCCUUUCGAAAUCCGGCCGAAGUCACCUGAAAAGCGUCGAGAUCAUACAUCGCCAGUUAGAAAGCCACAGCCAGCUGCCGGCAAGCCAAGUCGACCUGAAGAAAAACCUGUAGCAUCUAGAAAAUCCGAUAAAGAAUCUGAACCCUCGAAACCUAAACUUAGUCGACUUGCUGAGAAGCCUGAAAGACCGAAGAAAUUGGAACAGGACAAGCCUAAACGAGGAGAUCAAAGUCCAGACUCUCUCGAUGAGGACUAUCCUAAAUCAGUGCCAGUACCGGAUGUAUUGUCGAAAAUUCCUCUAAAAGAACAGUGCAUUUGCGAGCUUUGUACUUGCGGACGUCAUCGUUGCCCGCACAAUUGGCCUCAAGAACAUUUGGAAUUCUCUUAUGAAGAACCGUUGCAUACUGUGACUUCCUAUCGUCAGGAUUAUGAUGAAAAACGCGUGGAAAAACAAACAAAAUAUUAUCAUGAAGAUCACUUGCGUACAGAAGGUGAAUUCAUCGGACAGAGACGAACCGAUUAUGUGGCCACUAAAGGCGAGAGAGCGCCAGUCAGAAAACCGCAAGAUCAUCUCAAACCCGAAGGUGAAUUCGUUAGAAGACCAAAGGAAGAGGCGCCUACAAAGGGUGAAAGGGCACCUGUGAAGAAGCCACAAGACAAUCUCAAACCGGAGGGCGAAUUUGUCGGUAAGCCUCGAGAGGAAGCUCCGAAAUAUGGCGAACGAGCCCCGAUUAAAAAGCCGAAGGAUAACUUGAAAUUCGAAGGGGAUUUCGACACUACAACAACGACCGAGCUGGUUUUCACUGGUACUCCUGGCGAGCGACCGAUGCCAAUACGUCGCAACACUUACACGAAGAUAGAGGGUGAUUUCACUGAUGAAACGACGACGCGAUCGCAAUACAUUGAUCAUCAUAGCAUUCAACGCGCUGAAAUCGUUAAACGAACGGAUAAUCUCAUUGUGGGAGAGGGUGAAUUCACGGGUACCUCUCGUAUCAAGGAAGAUUUCCAGACUCAUGUUAUCGAACGUGAACCUCAAUGGCGACCAAAAUAUCCUGAAGAUACCGAUCGGUUUUAUAGCAAAACAGAUAUUAUUGACAGUACUACGACUACUCAGGAACAAUUUCGAACUUUUGAUCAGGCAGAUUAUAAAAGUACCAUAGUUAUUAAAAGAACUGAUAAUCUAAGACCCGAAGGACCUUUUGAAGCAUUGCCUCACACAAAGGAUGAUUACGUUACACCAAUAUUACUGCGUAGGCCAGAACCACAAAAACCUAUAGAUAAUUUAAGACCUGAAGGGCCAUUUGUAGGACGACCUAAAGAUGACUAUAAGCCUACUAAAGGAGAACGCGCUGAUAUCAAACGUCCUGAAGAUAACUUAAGACCCGAGGGACCAUUUGAAGGACGCCCUAAAGAUGAUUAUUCACCUAAACGCGGUGAACGUUAUGAAGUGAAACGGCCAGAAGAUAACUUACGUCCUGAAGGGCCAUUCGAAGGACGACCUAAAGAUGAUUAUAAGCCAACCAAAGGAGAAAGAGCUGAUGUUAAAAGGCCGCAGGAUAAUUUGAAAGCAGAGGGACCGUUCCAAGGACGUCCAAAAGAUGAUUUUACUCCGAAGACAGCAGAACGUCCUGAAGUGAAACGACCGAAAGAUAAUUUACGACCUGAGGGAGACUUUACAGAUCGUCCAAAAGAUCAGUAUAUACCUGGUGAAAAACGCACUCCAAUCAGACAUCUGGAUAAUUUGUAUCCUGAAGGUGAUUUCGAAAGACCUAAGCUGAUACCUUACGGCCCUGGUGACAGAGCAUCUAUCGUUCGUCAUCCGGAUAAUCUAUUUCCAGUAGGAGAAUUUCCAGACAGGGAAAUUGAGCCAUUCAAACCUGCCGACCGUAGAACACCUAUUAAACAUGUUGAUAAUCUUCGUCCAGAAGGUGACUUUGAAAGACCAGAGAAAGCACCUAUUGGUCCAGCCGAAAGACGCACUCCAAUUAAACAUCCGGAUAAUCUUAGACCCGAAGGAGAAUUCGAGCGACCUCGUCAAGAUGGUUACCGUCCAGCAGAAAAACCAGAAGUCAAAAAGCCAGUGGACAAUUUAAGACCCGAAGGUGAAUUUGAAAGACCACGUCCUGAAAAAUAUGCUCCAGCUGAGAAACGAACACCUGUAAAACAUUCAGAUAAUCUCAAGCCAGAAGGUGCAUUUGAGCGACCUCGUCAGGAUGGUUACCGUCCGGCAGAAAAACCAGAAGUCAAAAAGCCAGUGGACAAUUUAAGGCCCGAAGGUGAAUUUGAAAGACCACGUCCUGAAAAAUAUGCUCCAGCUGAGAAACGAACACCAGUAAAACAUCCGGAUAAUCUCAAGCCAGAAGGUGAAUUUGAGCGACCUCGUCAGGAUGGUUACCGUCCGGCAGAAAAACCAGAAGUCAAAAAGCCAGUGGACAAUUUAAGACCCGAAGGUGAAUUUGAAAGACCACGACCUGAAAAAUAUGCUCCAGCUGAGAAACGAACACCAGUAAAACAUUCGGAUAAUCUUAAGCCAGAAGGUGAAUUUGAGCGACCUCGUCAUGAUAGUUACCGUCCGGCCGAAAAACCAGAAGUCAAAAAGCCAGUGGACAAUUUAAGGCCCGAAGGUGAAUUUGAAAGACCACGUCCUGAAAAAUAUGCUCCAGCUGAGAAACGAACACCAGUGAAACAUCCGGAUAAUCUUAAACCUGAAGGUAAAUUUAUCGGCAAACCGAAAGAAGAUUUUAUACCAACAAAAGGUGAUCGCGCUGAUGUUAAAAGACCAGCGGAUAAUUUAAGACCGGAAGGUCCAUUCGAAGGUCGACCGAAAGAUGAUUAUCGACCAGUGCGUGGAGAACGUAUGGACGUUGUUAAACGCACGGAUAAUUUGCGUAUGGAAGGAGAUAUAGAAACAUAUAGAUCCAGAGAUGAAUAUACUGAUUUCUUAAUACGCGAAAGAACUGAAAUUACUAAAUAUCAAGAUAAUUUACGUAUGGAAGGUGAAUUUAUCGAUACGAGAACGCGAGAUGAUUUCAAAAUUGUUAAAGGCGAACGCAUGGACGUUGUUAAACAUCGUGAUAAUUUAAGACCAGAAGGUCCAUUCGAAGGUCGUCCGAAGGAUGAUUAUUCACCCAAGAAAGCAGAGAGACCUGAAAUUAAAAAGCCGGAAGACAAUUUAAAACCAGAAGGCGAUUUCGUACGUCAGCCUAAGAAAGAAGCACCUAAAAAAGGUGAAAGAGCUGAUGUGAAAAAACCGAGAGAUAAUUUGAGGCCGGAAGGUGAAUUCGAAAGACCGGAAAAGAAACCAAUUGGUCCAGCAGAGAGACGUACCCCGAUUAAGCAUUCUGAUAAUUUAAAACCAGAGGGUGAGUUUGAGAGACCAAUACCUGAAGAAUUCAAACCUGCCGAAAGACCAAUUGUAAAGAAACCACAUGACAAUUUAAAACCGGAAGGCGAAUUUGUGUCAAGACCAAAAGAGGAAACGCCAAAGAAAGGUGAAAGAGCUGAUAUCAAAAAACCACAAGACAAUUUGCGACCGGAGGGCGACUUUGAGAGGCCGGAGAAAAAACCAAUUGGUCCAGCAGAGAAGCGUACCCCGAUAAAACAUUCUGACAAUCUAAAACCAGAGGGUGAGUUUGAAAGACCUAAGCCUGAAGAAUUUAGACCUGCCGAAAGACCGGUAGUAAAGAAACCGGACGAUAAUUUAAAACCGGAAGGCGAAUUCGUCUCUCGGCCAAAAGAAAAAGUGCCAGAAAAAGGUGACAGAGCUGACGUUAAAAAGCCGAAGGAUAAUCUCAAACCCGAGGGUGAUUUUGAAAGACCGGAAAAAGCACCUGUUGGUUCAGCGGAGCGACGUACUCCGAUUAAACAUCUAGAUAAUUUAAAGCCGGAAGGUGAAUUCGAACGACCGGAACAAGAAGAUUAUCGUCCAGCAGAAAGGCCAGAAGUCAAAAAACCAACAGAUAAUCUGAAACCCGAAGGUGAUUUUGAAAGACCUCAUCCUGAAAAAUAUGCUCCAGCUGAGAAACGUACGCCAGUGAAACAUCCAGAUAAUCUUAAGCCGGAGGGUGAAUUUAUUGGUAGACCUAAAGAAGACUUUACGCCCACUAAAGGUGAUCGUGCUGAAGUUAAAAAACCAGAGGAUAAUCUGAGACCAGAGGGUCCAUUCGAAGGUCGACCAAAGGAUGAUUAUCGACCGGUGCGUGGAGAACGCAUGGACAUAGUGAAGCGCACGGAUAACUUGCGUAUGGAAGGAGAUAUAGAAACAUAUAGAUCCAGAGAUGAAUAUACUGAUUUCUUAAUACGCGAAAGGACUGAAAUUACUAAAUAUCAGGAUAAUUUACGUAUGGAAGGAGAAUUUAUCGAUAUGAGAACACGAGAUGAUUUCAAAAUCGUUAAAGGCGAACGCAUGGACGUCGUUAAACAUCGUGAUAAUUUAAGACCAGAAGGUCCGUUUGAAGGUCGUCCGAAGGAUGAUUAUUCACCCAAGAAAGCAGAGAGACCUGAAAUUAAAAAACCGGAAGACAAUUUAAAAUCAGAAGGCGAUUUCGUACGUCAGCCAAAGGAAGAAGCACCUAAAAAAGGUGAACGAGCUGAUGUGAAAAAACCAAGAGACAAUUUGAAACCGGAAGGUGAGUUUGAAAGACCAGAAAAGAAACCGAUUGGCCCUGCUGAACGACGUUCUCCGAUUAAACAUUCUGAUAAUUUAAAACCAGAAGGUGAAUUCGAAAGACCUAAGCCUGAAAAAUUCAAGCCUGCUGAAAAACCGAUUGUAAAGAAGCCACUCGAUAACUUGAAACCUGAAGGCGAGUUCGCACUUAGGCCAAAAGAAGAAGCACCGAAGAAAGGUGAGAGAGCCGAUGUGAAAAAACCACAAGACAAUUUGCAACCAGAAGGAGACUUUGAAAGACCAGAAAAGAAACCGAUUGGUCCUGCCGAGCGACGUUCUCCAAUAAAACAUACUGAUAAUCUAAAACCGGAAGGUGAAUUUGAAAGACCUAAGCCUGAAAAAUUCAAGCCUGCUGAAAGACCGAUUGUAAAGAAACCACUCGACAACUUGAAACCCGAAGGCGAGUUUACAUCAAGACCAAAAGAAGAAGCGCCGAAGAAAGGUGAAAGAGCCGAUGUUAGAAAGCCGCAAGAUAAUUUGCGACCAGAAGGUGACUUUGAAAGACCAGAGAAAAAACCAAUUGGUCCGGCGGAAAGAAGAACUCCAAUUAAACAUUUUGAUAAUUUAAAACCUGAGGGUGAGUUUGAGAGACCUAAGCCUGAAGAAUUCAAGCCUGCUGAAAGACCAAUUGUAAAGAAGCCACACGAUAAUUUGAAACCCGAAGGCAAGUUUAUAUCUAGGCCAAAAGAAGAGGCGCCGAAAAAAGGUGACAGAGCCGAUAUUAGAAAACCACAAGAUAAUUUGCGACCGGAAGGUGACUUUGAAAGACCGGAGAAAAAACCAAUUGGUCCAGCGGAAAGAAGAACUCCGAUCAAACAUGCAGACAAUUUGAAGCCAGAAGGUGAAUUUGAAAAACGUCUAAAGGAAAAAACACCGAUCAAAGGUGACAGGGCGGAUGUUAGCAAACCAAAAGAUAAUUUGCGACCUGAAGGCGACUUUAUAAGACCACAGAAAUCGCCGAUUGGUCCAGCAGAACGACGUACACCAAUUCGACACGAAGAUAACUUGCAUCCAGAAGGUGAAUUUGUUGGUCGACCAAAAGAUGAUUUUAUUCCCAAGCGUGUCGACCGACCAAUUCAAAAAAAGCCUAAAGAUAAUUUGAAGCCUGAAGGAGAAUUUGUAGGAAAACCCAAGGAUGAUUAUAAACCGACUAAAGGAGAGAGAACUGAAAUCGUAGUGCAUCAAGACAAUUUGAAGAUGGAAGGCGAUAUAGAUGUUUAUCGAUCUCGAGAUGAUUACGUGACUACGUCUAAACGCGAACGUAUGGAUAUUAUUCAUCAUGAGGACAACUUAAAGAUUGAAGGAGAAUUCGUUGAUAUCCAUCGAAGAGAUGAUUAUCGAGCUACUCGUGGUGAACGUAGCGAAAUUAUUAGGCAUGAAGACAAUCUUCACCCUGAGGGUGAUUUCGAACGACCAGAGAAAGCACCGGUAGGUCCCGCAGAGAGAAGAUCUCCUAUUAAACAUUCUGAUAACUUAAAGCCAGAAGGCGAUUUUGUACAACGGCCGAAGGAAACCGUGCCUUUUAAGGGUGACCGAGCGGUGGUCAGAAAACCGAAAGAUAACUUAAAGCCCGAAGGCGAAUUCGAGAGACCAACAAAAUCGCCCGUUGGUCCCGGCGAACGACGAUCACCCAUUAAACAUCCAGAUAAUCUUCAUCCGGAGGGAGAAUUCGUUGGCAGACCGAAGAAAGACACGCCGCUAAGAGGCGAUCGAGCGGAUGUGAAGAGACCAAAGGAUAAUCUUCAUCCCGAAGGAGAAUUCGCGAAACGUUCCUCGAAAAAAGUCGAACCGGCUGAGCGAAGAACUCCGAUCAAGCACGAGGAUAAUCUUUAUCCUGAAGGAGAUUUCUACAUGGUGCCUAAGGAUGAUUUCAUUCCAAAAAGAGGAGAUCGAUCGCCAGUUAAAAAACCUCAGGACAAUCUUCGUCCCGAAGGCGAGAUGAAAGUAUCUCCGAAGGAUGAUUAUAAAUAUGUAAAUGGAGAUCGCGUAGAAAUACGUCGGCAUGAGGAUCACCUGCGUAUGGAGGGACAAAUAGACACUCACCGCUCAAGAGAUGACUAUAAGAAAAUUACGAGAGUGGAGAAAGUGGAUGUCAAGAGACACGAAGAUAAUCUCAGAAUGGAAGGCGAAUUUAUCGAUGUGCGUCGCAAGGAUGAUUACGUGCACGUGGUUGGUGAACGCAUGCCAAUUAAAAAGCGUCCUGACAAUCUACGUCCAGAAGGUGAUUUCGAUAGACCUCAGAAGACCGUGAUCGGGCCCGCGGAGAAAAGAACUCCAAUCAAACAUCCGGAUAAUCUGAAGCCAGAGGGUAACUUUGAACGUAGAACUCCGGAUGAGAUUGGCCCCGGCCAACGACGGUCGCCGAUUCGUCACGCCGAUAAUUUGAAGCCGGAAGGUGAUUUCAUCGGACGUCCACGUGAUGACUUUACUCCCAAAAGAGCAGAAAGAAUCGAAGUCGUAAAAAGAGAGGAUAACCUAAAGAUGAUGGGCGAUUUCGAAGGCACAACGUCUCACAAGUCGACUUACACGAUAACUCGUGGUGAGCGAGCAGACAUUAAGUCACACGAAGAUAACUUAAAGAUCAGCACCGGCACUAUGGAAACAAAAACAACCAGCAGAGACACAUAUACACCUUCUAAAUAUGAGCCUUCUCCGAUUGGUAAAACAGUAAAUCGUCGAAGACACAUGGAAUCAUCUAUUUCACUCGGUGAUGACACUACCAUAAUGACCACGACGAAUCAACGUAACUACAAUACCUACACGAAACGCACAGGAAAAGAUAUCGCUGCUAAAAUGAGUCAGAUGGAGUCUGAUACUAGGAAGACCGUGGAAUCGCAAACUUUAGCGGAUGGAACUGUCGUUACAACUGUAAAACGUACAACUACCUCUGCUCAAUCAGAUCAGAGAGCUGUUAAUGCUCAAACUAUCUCUCGUCAUCAACAAACACAACAUAUUACGGAUCGUCGUCAACCAAUUGAUGUUUCCCCAUCUGGACCACAACCCGUGGAUUCACGAAAAACGACUUCCCAAUUAGCAUCUAAUCAGCAUCAUGAACAGCAUCAAAGAACUCAUUUGAGCGAGCAACAUUUGCGAUCACAGAACACGCAGAGUCGUCGAACAAUCGAGGACAGAUCGUUCACGGAAGGACUAAAUCGAGGGCAAAUAAUGCGAGCGGAAGAUACAUCUCGUUACGCGAUAGACGCCACACACGGCGAGCAUCAUAGACAGCAGCAUCAGCAGCAGCACGUCGAGCGUCAUCAUCAGGAAAUGACCAAGCGCGAUUAUGUGAACGCGCAACGUACGGAAACUCGACAAAGAUCCGCGACGAAACAACAUGAGCAACACAUCUCCACUCAGGCUCGAUAUAAUUCGAGCAGCCCGGAAUUCCGGCAAUCAAUCAACGGGCAAACGAGCGUAGAACGAUCACACGUAGACUCAGCGACAAAGUCCAGUCACCAUCGCAAGAACGUGAUAUCCUCUUCGUCGGCUGACAUCAGCAACGCAGUACUCCAUCGACGUGGCGCAGCUUCUUCCACCGAGGCGCUUCACACGAUCUCGUCGACGGCGGCAGACCAACGCAAAAGUAUUUCAAAUCUGGCCGAGAGCGGGCGGUACAUCAGUAAUUCGAGCCAGAGUAACGAUAGACGUAGCUUUACUUCGCUGCACCGCAGUUCUAAAGAAGUCAAUCCUUGGGCUUCUUCCAGCUAUGAACGCCCGCAGAGAAUUAUUCGGCAAGAUAACCUGAGCGUCGGCGGGAAAUUCUAUUCACAAAGCGAGGCAAAAAGCUAUGGAAAUUUCUCACAAAAUACUCAAAAAGUAGAAAGAAUCCAGAGACAAACGAAUGCAUCUCACAUUAAUUUGGGUGAUAGUAAUACUGUCAGUUCUAGCAUGUAUAAAAGAGAAUAUGUUCCUAGACACAAAGGACCAUGUCCAGCUGCUCUUUUAGAAGCCAAACAGGCACCUUUUAAGCACACCAGAGAUACGCAGAAACAUAAGUUUUACAUGCCCGUCGUGUCCAACUAAAUUGUGGCCUAUUAAAUUUAACGUUUUAUUAACAUUUUUUAUAAAAAUUGUCCC